UCCAAUACGAAGUAUGCAAAGACAAUGCGAUGGACAAGUAAGUUAGUCUUCGCCGGAAGAAGAAUGGAGUGCGCCGGAAAGGGGAGCCGAACCCCAUGCUCCGGCCAGGCCACCAGACGCUGUGGCCGCUGCCGCGCCGUUGCCUACUGCUCAAUCUCUCACCAGGUUUCACAUUGGAGUGUUCAUAAGAAAGAGUGCGAAAGGUUAGAACAGCAAAUGAAUCGCGCUGAUGUUCUUAAUGAUUUCCCCUUCACCUUUACUGAAGAAGCUACUGUUAAGGUAUGUGAGCAAAGCCAAUCGAGGUGUUCAUUCUUGGUAACACAGGGAGUUCAUUGUGUGGGAAUGUGGAGAUGGGAGUGUGGAUGUGGAGCAUCAGUUGCUUCAUUGGAUGUAUCAAGGUGCAUUGAGGGAUGGAAUCUUUCGAAUACAUUAUGCCCUUGUCGAGGGCCAUCCUUACCAAUACCAAAGCGUAUAAGUAAUUGGAAGGAAUACUACGAAUGGAGGUGCAUCCCACUAAAUUCUCCUGUUGCAUUACUUCUUCACUGGCCACUAACCAUAUAUUGGGGCAUUCAGCUUGCAAUUAUGAGAAGCCUGAUUUCUGAAAUUGCUAGUGAAAUUCACAUACAUUAUAUAGGACCAGAAAAAGAACUUUAUCAGCUCGCAGUCUUUGGAGAAUUGUGUGCACUUUUCCCUGGAGUGAGGAUGCAUAUAUAUUUUGUUGGAAAUGCAGUUCCACAAGACAGGGACGGUGAGGUGAUUGCUCUUUAUAGUUACUGUCAUUGCAUUGAGACAGACUGUGAAUGCAAAUCUUUGGAUAUCAAUGUUGACUCCUGCUCAUCCAUGGAUAAAUCUUGUCCAGUCAUGUUGCAUCUUUGUGCAGGUUAUUAUCAUGAUCGCUACAGAGAUCUAUCAAAGGAUUCUUCUCCAAACUUAAUAAUUGCCCCAAAUGCUGGUAUUGCUGCUUAUAGGAGCUGGUUACCAACAAUUGAGCUGAUAAAGGAGAUGAAAGUUCCAGCACUUUUCUCAGACUAUUGUGAAGAAGCUGCUCAUCUCGCAACUCAUUGCAUUAGCUCAAUUAGUGGCUCCCCUCCAAGCAUUCCUAUUCAGUUAAAUCCCUUCAGGCAACCUCUUGCAGUUGAAGACAGCGCUCUGUUUCUUCCUUGCUACUCCAAUUGCUUUCUUUUUGGUAUGUGAAAAAGGAUCCUUUUGUUACUCGGUCCAUCACCAAUUGAGUUGGCAUAUUGCACUUUGCACCUGCUAUAUUAGGCAGAGAAAACAUUGAAUACAGUAAACUUAUGUUGCGUUAUUGGAGCAAAUAUCUAAUUUUGUUUAUUAGGAAUUAGGAAGCACAGAAAAAUGUCCACUUCUUUAUACGCAGACGUCUCGUGUGCAGAUAGUCUUGUUUGUUUGACAGAACAUGUACAGUUUGGGAUUUCAUUAAUCUAUAUGUAAGUUUUGCUCAAGCUUUUUCUU